AAUCUUUAUCACAGAAUACCACAGUGGUAUGUGCUCAUGUCAAAUUUUACUCUGAAUUGGAAGUGUAUGAAUUAAUUAAUUAAUUUAUUUUUAUUUAAUUCUGAUUGUAGUUCAAAAUAUUUGUGUAAUAAUUAUUGUAAAAAUGCCUACUUUAUCUACCAGCUACAAUCAUAUCUAAAGAUUUAAUAACCUAGCAAUAACAUUUAAUAAAGACUGAAAUUGUAGACUAAGAUAAUAAAGUUUAACAAAUUUCGACUACAAUAAUUCAAGGUAAAUGAAAGUUAAGAAGAUAAAACUUCCUUAUCAGGUAACAGCUAUCCACAUUUUGUAAUGCAAUACCCCAGGCAAUACCAAUCGAGUUAUUUAAAUAGUGCCGGAAAAUAUGCAUUUCCUUUAACCUGUGAAACAUAAGUAAUAACAGAUAAAAUGGAAAUUUUAAAAAGUCCUGUUUUGGUUGCAAAAAUCCAAAGAUUUUUUGGGGUACUGACAGACAUAAAAGCGGUGGAGCAAAGUGAAAGGAAAUAUGUUAUCACCAACAGGUUUUGGUAUUAUUUAUUUGUAUUUGGUACUGCCUUGGGGGAUGAAGUUUUUUAUUCCACCUUCAUUCCCUUUUGGUUUUGGAACAUUGACGGAGCAGUAGGAAGACGGGUAAUUGUGGUUUGGACAAUAGUUAUGUAUAUUGGACAAGGCAUCAAAGAUAUUUUGAGAAUACCCAGACCGGGCCCACCAGUUGUUCAGCUGCAGCAGAAAUGGGCGCUUGAAUAUGGUAUGCCUUCAACUCACGCCAUGGUCGGCGCUUCUAUACCUUUUUCUGUACUUUUCUACACAAUGGACCGAUAUCAGUACAACAAAUCCUUAGGAUUAAUUGUAGCAAUUUUGUGGUGCAGUGUUAUAUGCAUCAGCAGAUUAUAUUUAGGCAUGCAUUCCGUUUUGGAUGUUUUGGCUGGUUUGGCAUUAGUCACCACGUUAAUGUUUCCACUUGUGCCCCUUGUUGACUAUUUGGAUGACUAUUUUAUAACCAAUCCUUUGGCACCAUUCUUGCUAAUUGUUUUAUCAAUAUUGAUGAUUGUGUACUAUCCAAAUAGUGGAAAAUGGACGCCUACAAGAGGGGACACUACCAUGGUAAUAUCUGUUUGUGUUGGAGUUAUGAUAGGAGCAUGGCUUAACUAUCAAACAGGCCUUAUGACACAGUCAGAUCUACCUGCACCAUAUAUGAUUAUGUGGCCAUCUUAUAGUAUGUUUGGUUAUUUAUUGCUUAGAACUCUAAUUGGAUUUUUCUUUGUUUUUCUCACUCGGCUGGUAUUUAAAAGUUUGUCUUACAGUUUUAUAUGCACUCUGCUUAGACAAAAUGAGGAAACUUUAAAAAAAUCAGAAAAUACUCUGCAAAACAAACACAAAACUGCCGUCGAUUUGGGUUGUAAGUUCAUCACUUAUGGCAUGAUUGGAUUUAACAUAUUGUAUCUGUUGCCGCAAAUGUUUCGAUUUCUAAGGAUUGAAAGGCCUACAUUUUUUACUGAGAUGUAGUUGGAUUGUUAGAGCACCAAAAGAUAUAAAAGACUUAAUCACGAAUCAUCUGCAUUGCUUUUUAUAUACCGCUACCAGCCUAGUAAUUUAAGGCAAAAUCUAACAAAAAAAAUUAGAGGUCAAUACAGUUUUUUUCUAAUCCUAUUGAAAUCAACUUUACAAUUCCGCUCUUAUUUUUUUUGUGUAUAAUUUAUGCAAAGUUUCAAACUUAUCAUUUCUAAAAAAGUGCAUUACGGAAAAAUAGUUUGCAGUCAAGAUUCGGCCUAACCAUCCAACUAAAAUUGGCAAGUUGCUAUGUCCUCUAAAUUAAAUUAGCUUUAACGAAAUAGGAAUUUGAAUACACCCGAAUAUGUACUUUCAAAUUUUUUGACACACUCUUUUUAAUACUGUUUGUCUCCACUGCUUUCUUUGAGAUAUGUUAAUGAAUCUUGUCUCUAUCACUACAGUCUUACAAUACCGCUUACCGUCAUUAUUGCUUAAAAUUAACUGUAUUAUGAAGCUUUAACUAAGCACUGAUUUCCAAGAAAAAUUUAAUUCUUGGAAAGUAUUUUUUAUUUUUAAUGUUGAUAUAGAGUUCGCCAUGGAAUUGAUCUUUCUUUGGUUAUAAAUUUUUUUUGUUAGUUUUAGUUGAUAGUUUAGUUUAGUUGGUAAUAAUAAGCCAG